UGCGGCGGCCAUAUUGUACUUCCGUUCUUCAAGGGUAUCUGAAAACGCUGAACGAGACAUGUACCGAUUUGCCAAAGCUACUGCUGACCUGACUGGUAAUAACUCAAGGUGGCAUCACCUGGAAUCUUUCUCCAGUCAACAGGCUCACGCCGCGGCCAUGGAGGGAGGCUGAGGAGUAAAGGUCCAGACAAGAACUCCUCUGGUUGUACAGAUGAAUAACAGCAUGUUCAGUCAGUCAAUGACUGUGUUUAUUCUAACAUCUUUUCUUCAAAUAAAUUCUCAAAUACAUCUCUUA